AAUAGCACAGUCACACUUCUCUCUCAACCGCUUACUUCAUCAGUCUUUUGCACUGGAAAAGAGAGAAUACAACAGAACCCUUUCAAGUUUCAACUGAUUAUCUCUCUCUCUCUCUCUCUCUAAGCUUAGUUUCGAUCAUUAUCAUCAUCUCUCCCUAGCCCUAGCUUACUCUGUCUGUCUUUUGUGGUCCACAAUAUAUUCAUCACCUUUAAACCCUGCAUACCCAUAUAACGUGUCGAUCAUUUAAAAAAAGAAGACAGCAAGAAAGCAUAACCAAUUACAUCCCAAUAUGGAUUGGAAAACCAGUUUGAGACACCUUGUUUCUCGACCAGAACCUUCCUUUGGCUUCCUUAACAACUAUAACUGCUAUGACCACUAUUCUCCUGGAAUGGAGAUGAAGCAUCAAGCAAUGAUAUCUGAGACAUCAUCGCAAGGAGGCUUGGUUCCUGGAUUAAUGGACAGAAAUAAUCAUCAGAGCGGUUAUGGGUGCUCUAGUCAUGACAAAAAGAAGAGACUGACGAGUGAUCAGUUGGAGUCACUGGAGAGGAGCUUUGAGGAGGAGAUUAAGCUGGAUCCUGAUAGGAAGAUGAAGCUUUCAAGAGAGCUCGGCUUGCAACCUAGGCAAAUUGCAGUUUGGUUCCAAAACCGAAGAGCCAGGUGGAAGGCUAAGCAGCUUGAGCGCUUGUAUGACGCUCUCAAACAAGAGUAUGAUGUUGUCUCCAAAGAGAAGCAAAAGCUUCAAGAAGAGGUCAUGAAGCUGAAGACAAUCCUAAGAGAUGAAGUUGCUAGGAAGCAAGUUUCCACCCGCUACACUGAAAUCUCUGGUGAAGAGACGGUAGAAAGCACGUCGGUUGCUAUUCGAAGCGCUAACAAGGCAGGAGGGAAAAACCAACAUCAGAUUGCAGAAUGCAACUAUCUCUACAUUAAUGUUGAGGAAUAUAACCCAGUAUCACCACCUUUCUGGGGAAAUCUGCCUUCUUAUCCCUAAGAGGCUGUUCUUGUGCUUGCUCUUGUUCAAGUUAGCUUUAAUUUACCAGGGUUUUGCUUUUAUUAAUUAUUAGCUUAGGAAGAGGAACUAGUAGUUUUAUCUUCUCCUGUGUCCCUAGGUCACUACUAAGUUAGAGAAAUUGACAUUUCAUUUACCCAAAAGGACGUAAUGAUCAGCAUGACAUUUAUUAA